UUAGACGUCAGCACGUUCACAACUAGCGCUUAACUGAGUCCGUGUCAGCAUAUCAAAAAAAGCCGAAAACAAAAACAAAACCAAUAGCAUGAGUCACAAAUUUGUACUUCUCGCCUGUCUGGCCGUAUCUGUGUGCAGUGCCGCAAAGGUGCCCAUUGCCAUUUACUACGAAUCCCUGUGCCCGGACAGCGCCAAGUUUAUUACGGAGCAGCUGUAUCCGGCUAUGAAGAGCGAGCUGCGUGAUGCGGUCGAACUGACAUUUGUGCCCUUUGGCAAAUCCCAGUUCCACACACAAGGCGCUGAGGUGACCUUCACCUGCCAUCAUGGUCCCAACGAGUGUUACGGCAACAAGGUGCAUGCCUGCGCCAUCGAGCACAUUCAGGCCAACUCCUACCAAAUUGAUUUCACACGCGAAUCGCUUACCCUGGACUUUAUCAACUGCCUGAUGAAGGCGGGCAAGAACUUCCCGGACAAUGUGUAUCCGGGCCAGCGUUGCGCCGCAGAGAGUCACGUCAACAACUGGGAGAACAUCAAGACCUGUGCGAACACCACCGACGGCAGCGUGCUGCUGCGCAAGGCUGGCGAAACCACCCAGAGGCUGAAGGAGCCACUGACCAGUGUGCCCACCAUUCUGUUCAAUGAGCAAUUCGACAAGCAGGUCAAUGAGCGCGCCCAGGUCAACUUCAUUGGUACCCUCUGCAAAUAUGUCUCGGCACCCCAGCCACGCAUCUGUGCCCAGCACAACGGCGCAUCGGGUCUGGUUGGUGCCAGCGCCCUCCUGAGCACCCUCUUGGGCAUCUGGUUCAUAGGCCAGCUUUACUAAGUGCCUAGCCAAGCCUUUGGCGGGCAAAUUUAUAACUGAUUUGGCCUGCAAUCUCUUUGAAUCUCUAUAAUUUGUAUAUUGCCUAAUUGUUUUACACUCAUUCUAAAUUCCAUGCCGUCCAAAUAUGAAAGCAAAAUAAAACUAGAGCUUUAA